AUGCCGCUUCGUGGCAACACGAGUAGUGGUUCUCUCCGGGCAUGGCGACGCCACUUUCCCUUGACCUCUAUAGAAAACGUCAUGUGCCUGUUUUCUGAUAUGCUCGGGGCAUUCGGCCCAAGGGAUAUAUCUCUUUUACGUUCCCGACCUAAUUUCAAUGAUUUUGAAGCUUCUUCUGAUCCCAACUUGGCGUUCAUUUCUAUCAUUCUGGGAUAUAUCGAACAUCGCCUUACUGUCGGGAAUAAUGAUGGAUUAUCUACUAUUUACAAACCUCGACACCAUUAUGCAUCAUCAAAAGCCUCAGAAGGAUCAAUCAACACCUCAACUAAGGAAAAACGAAGUAUACAAUCUAAGUUGCUGAGAAGCUCUCGGGAGUCUUCGAUCAGCAGCACUAGCUCACUAAACCAAUUAGAUGAAUUUUCUAACUUUGCUCCUGAUUUUACUCCUACUGAAAAUGAUGAUCAAUUGCAUUCUCAUGCUUCAUUUACUGACAUCUAUGAUAGAUUAUCUAUUUCAUCUCCCUCUCAUUCUCCAUUUACAUCCCUUAAAUCUGACUCACAAUUAUCUUCUCAGUCUAAGAUAUCCAAAUUUCACAUAACCACUCGAUCAUCACGUAAGCAACGUAGAAGGCACUGCUCUUCUAUUUCGGCUCCUGAUUCCCAUCCAACCGAUACCACGGGCACCAUUAGUUCACAGAGGUCUCACAAUGUUCCUUUAAAUUUGGCCUCACCUUUGACUGUUAAUGUGCACGCUAACGAACCGUUUACCGCUCAAUUUUCUAAGCGAAAGAAUAUUUCAUCCAUCACUCCUACGGCUUCCAGUCUCAAUUAUCUUUCCCCCUCAAAUGUUUAUCCGGUCACUGACGCUCCUGCCUCCGAAAUAUUUCCAUCACUUAGUUACGAAGAAGUAGAAAGACUGUAUCAAGAGUUUUAUCACUUCAUUAUUGCUCACCCAAAGCCAUAA